UGACACAUCCGUAGACGCAUGCAGAGUCUGGUUUUUUCUGCAGGUGCAUGCAACCCUAGUCGCCGCGCGUGGAUCAGUUUUUUCAACGAAGAAUCAAUCGACCUAUCUACUCUGAGAUUCCUGGAACCGAUCUAUGGUUCUAUACCCAAACAUGUCCGUGCCGCCAAGAUGGCCCGAUCUGCCGCCUGAGCUGCUCGCCGUCGUCUCCGGUCGCCUGCACGACGCGGCUGACUUCAUCCGCUUCCAUGCCGUCUGCACGCGGUGGCGGGACUCGCUGCCCCAGACGACGGCGCUCCGCCCGGCCUUCUUUCCCUGGCUCAUCGCCCCGCCGUCCGGCUAUGGAUGUUCGCACGUCAAUCUCCGCUGCGUCUUCUCCAAGACAAGCUACCUCGCGGUCGCGGGCGCGCCAGCGACGUUCUCCAACCGCAGGUUGGUGACGCGAGCCGACGGCUCGGCGGCCUGGUUCUUCACCGUUGGCUCCAGGCCUACACUCGUCGACCCUCUCACAGGAGGGGUCACGGCCCUGCCGUCCUUCCCGGAGGACGACGAGAAGACCGCGCGGAGGAUGGAGAUCUCCCGCGACAUCAUCUACGACGACGACACGGUCUUCCUCUACAACUUCUCCUACUCCGAGGACCUCGAUGAGGAUGACGACGAGACAGAGCAACAAAUCGACGUAUGUUUCAACACGGCCGUCCUUCGUCCCGGAGAUACCGCGUGGAAAUUAGUCCACAGACCGUUGGAGGGGUACAACGAGGACGAGGUAGAGGGGGAGUACGAAAUCUACGACAAUCGUUUCCUGGCCGCAUACCGUGUCGACGAGAGGAAGAAGACCCUGCUGUGCGUGGACGGGGAAGAUCACAAUGACACAUGGGCAUGGUACUUCCUUGCAGAGUGGGGACCUAGUGCCGAAACAGAUGACACAUACUUGACGGAAGAGGUCGACGCCACCGGCUGGUACGUCGAGUCCAGCCACAACCUUGAGUCCCGGGGCGAGCUGCUGCAGGUGACUGUCGUGGUCCGACGAGACAGGGGCUUCAUAUAUCAGGGCGCAGCAGCCCAGGCGAGCGCGCUGGUGGUGUGGGUGCACGCGUGGGAGGAAGGGGCGGAUGCAAACGGUGAACGAAGGUUUCGGUGGGUGAGGAAGGAUGGUCGGAGCUUCGCAGACCGCAUGAUGUUUUUGGGGUUCCCGACCAGCUUCGCCGUGGAAGCCACGAGGUUCCGGGGCGGGGAGGACGACGUGAGCGGCGGGUGCGUCUACUUGCUCCACCACAGAAGGUUGGAGUUGCAUGGCUUGGCAUCGCGUGGCGUGUUCAGGUACAAUCUUCUCGACGGCAUGGCUAAGUUCAUUGAGCGCCUGCCUCUAGAUCUGGAGUGGAGCGGCCAGAAAAAUGAGGCAUGCCUGUGGUUCAUGCCCCAGCCUUCCAUUGCUCCCAUCCAGGUAAUCAGAGAAAGGCUAGUGGGGGCAGAUCAUCCAAAUGUGAGAAGAAUUAGCACUUGCCGCAUGAAUAGACAACCAAAACAGCCCAAGCCGCCCUUCUUCAGUUUCCUCGUGCAAAACCUACCUCCAGGCGCGGACAGCUCUCGGCUGUGCUCCUUCUUCGGUAAGCACGGCCAGGUUUCCGCCGCUGAGGUGAUCUCACCAGGGACGGCACGUGUUACCAUGUUCAUGGAGACGGUGGACAGACUAGAUGACGCCGAGGCCACCCUCGAUGGGCUGGUCUUGGAUGGAUGCACCCUGACGGUGAAGUGGUGAAGACAAAAGGCGCCAUUUGCCAAUGUCCAAAUGGCCACCUACACAUUAAGAGCAAGUACAUUUUUUUUGUAAAGGCAUCAUUCUCUUAAAUUAAU